ACACUGUGGUUGUGGCUGGUGCGCUGCCCUCUCCACACAUUUGAGACCCACCUUGAGGUUGGGGCACUUGCCCUGCGACCUGUUUCUUCUUCUGCUGGGUGGCACACGCGUGCACGUGUGAGUGUGUGAGAGUGUGUACGCUUCUCUGUUCGGGUGCCAUGUAUUCAUGUGUUUGCGCAUGAUUUUGUGUGUGUGUGUGUGUGUGUGUAUGUGUGUGUGUGCGUGCGCAUGUCUUGGCUUACAAGUUUCCCGUGUUCCCCUUAUUAAAUUUUUUUGGGAACAGAGAAAUCGUUUGGGGCGGGAAUUCCCAGGGACCUGUUUCCUGGAGUUAAAAAAAAAAAAAAAAAAAACCCAAGUUCCGCGCAGUUCCCCUUGAGUUCCAUUGUUAGCGUUAGCGCCGAGAGCAUGUGGCAGGUCGCGUUUCCUCCCGUCAGCAGGGCUUAAGAAGAAACCUGGCCGGGGUUUGGUCUUCCUUUUUUUUUUUUACUUCAGAGCCGCGGCGGAGAGCCCGAAUAAUGAACGUCAUUUGGAUCACGGCGACCCUCCUGUCGCGCGGUCUGCUGGCCGUCGCCGAAACGGAAAAAUGUCCAGACAUGCCCAUCCAUCGCAUCACCCCCGGGGCCAACGUGUCCGUGAGGUGUCCGAACACGAUGGGGACAGAGGUGAAGUUCGAGCUGUGGAAGGACAAGUGUAAGGUCGGCUCCGUCACGAGGAAGCAGAACCAGACCGAGACGGAGGGCGCGGUGGACUUCCGGGACCAGGACCAGAACACGACCGCGCGAUUCGUCCUCUCGCAGGUGGACCGGAACAGCACGGGAAUCUUCGCCUGUAACGCCGAGAGGCUCUACCCUCCCCCUUACUUGAAGUCUUCAGGAGUAGAAAACAUGGUCGUUGUUAACGAGCUGCCGCAGGUCAGGGCGUGCCCGCAGGAAAAACCCACCGAGGCGUGGAUAUGGGCGGCACUGGGUGUGACUGCAGCCUACAGUCUAAUCAUGACGGGCAUCGCUGUGGGAUUGUGGCACUACCUGAAGAACAAACAGAACAUCCAGCAUGACUAUAUGAACAUGAAGCCCAAAGCGGUGAGGAAAAAGCAGGGAGUGCAACAUCCUGUCAGGACAGGCAGGUACUGAGAGCAUUGUGGGAAACGAGGACUCCACACCAUGAGCAAAUUCACCAAUGAACUGUAUAAGAAUGGGAAUCCACAUACCGCACAAGAGCCAUGGAUAUCUACACUGCACAGUGAAUGUACAGGCAGUCUUUACUUCUGUGUUAACCUGACCAGUAAUGCUGGCCAUCGUACUUUUUUUUUUUUUUGAUAUCAUGUUCAGUCCAUUCUGAUUUAAAAGAAUUAAAAACAGCAUUAUAGGGAUCGUUAUCUUAGAUUCCAAUGAGGCAGGGUAUAGUGCCUUUUUGUUAUUUGUUUUGGAAUUUGUUGUAGAACUGAUCUACAAUUUGAAUAUAAGAAUUUUCAGAAUUUAUUAUGCAAAAAAUUAAAUGAGCGACUGAAAGCUAUUGCAAUUAAUUAGGUGAUCUCCCAACUGGCUUCAACUUCACACGGGAAAGAGAUAUUAUUAGAUUUUGUAUAAAUAGGGUUGGUUAAAUAGUUAAGCUCCCUAGAAAUAGUUGGAAUCUUUGAUCAUACUCUAGAUUCUGUUAAAACAGCUGGCAAAUUAAGCUAAACUCUACUACAAAGUUCUAUGGACUGUGGCUGGUUUGGUCACCACAGUAAACAAAAAAAAUGUGGAGACUAAAGAAAAAGUGAAAAAUGGGAAUGGGGAUAUGGAGAAACUGCAGGAGUUCCAGAUCAUAUGGCUUUUGAAGAGACAUUCGCAUUGCUUUGGUGUAAUUAGCCAGGCUGUGUGAGGUUGAUUGCACUAAUUCACACCAUUUUAUUACGGAACAUUUGCCAAGAGAUGCUCGCCAAAGAUGCUUGCACGUUAUUCAGUGCUCUCAGAAGCGACUGCAUGAACAUGCGCUUGGCGGUGCACAGAUGAAUUUGUUUUUCUGUUAACACCAAGCAGAUUUUAUGCAGUCAGUUCUGAGCGCACUGAAUAAUGUGCUAGAACUAUAAAUCGUCGAAACACAGGAAUUCAACGGCUCAGUGAAUUAAUUACUUGUAUUAGCAGAACAAAAUAUUUUGUUAGUAUUUGCGUGACUGGUUUAUUAACCAUUAGUUAAAUGAUUCUCUGUUGUUAGUAUUAAUAUUCAAAUGAUAUUGUUCUCUACUUAGCAGUAGCAGUGUGUGUGUGUGCGUGCAUGCAUGUGUGUGUGUAUGUGUGUGUGUGUGUGUGUGAGUGUAACAAAGUUUUUUUAUAUACAGUAAGUCCUUUCAUCUAAAAUGGAUCUCAAUAUCAAAUUUUACAAUGUGAAUAUUUUUCCUGAUAUCAGACUAUAAAUUGAUUAAAGAAUUUUAAAAUAUA